ACAAACCAUUUUCAAAACCACAUGCUACAGCUAGAUCUUUAAAGUGGGACUCGAAUAUGUAUGUUACGCGAUCUAUUUCUCACUAUAAAAGAUUUCCUGAGCUUGUUUAUUCGUCACCCGAAGAUCCGAACUCAAGUUACUUGGUAAUCCAAGAUGAAGAGUCUGAAACAUACUCGUGUUUUGGGUUGAGCAAGAAUCGGUAUCUUGCACAGUUGCCGUUUCCCCAGAACAAAAUACUGACCACGCGCUACUCAUCAGGGACCGGUGAACAUCAUCAUGUUUCGUACGAUGAGGUUCUCUUAAUUCCGGUCCUCAAUCAACCACUAUCGUCAAAUCGUUACUAUGCAAUAAAACCUCAUGGAUCGCAUAAAGGGGAAGCGUAUGCAUGUUCAAAGGAGGAAGACAUGGCACAAUGUUGUUUUUGCAAUUGUGUCCGCGAUGUAAAACCAAGGCCGUUGGACCCUCAAGACAUAUACCAGCAGUUCGAGAUCAUUCCUUACCAAACAUCUUGUAAUGGUGAUGGUAGCUUUUAUGCCAAAUCUCUCGCAGACGAUGGUUUCCCUCCACAUUUCUUAAGUAGAAAAGGUUGGAAUAUCUACACUAAAACACCUAAAAACUACGAGUUACGUGAAGCAAAAGGAAUCAAUGUCGCUCUUCGUUCUCGUCUCCCUGAACUAAAUUUCCCACCCUCAACCAAAACUUCUAAUCUUGUGGUUGUUGGCAAGUGGUAUUGUCCUUUUAUAUUCAUUAAAGAAGGAAGACUGGCUGAUCAAGUAAAAGAGUCCGUCUUUUAUGAAAUGACACUAGAGCAAAAAUGGGAACAAAUUUUCGAACAGGAAAACGAGCAUAACAAGGAAGAAAAUAUCGUAUACGUGACGGCUGCAUUUCAUAGUGAAGCAGUUGCUAUCGGUGAGAACCUCAGGGAGGCGACAUGGGACGAGAAAAACGUGGUAAAUGGAGUCGUAUGGUUUAAGUCUCUUGGGGGUGAUAACGAAAAAGAAGAAAGUGUAGGGUUGAAUCUAGAAAUUGUUGAAAGAUUGAGGUGGGAAGAAGAAAAAGUUGGAUGGGUAAGUGGUGGGAAUAAGAGGAUAGAGAGGGUGAAGAGAGAAGAGAAGUUUGAAGGGAUUGGGGGGUGGAGGAGAUUUGGUUGCUAUGUUUUGGUUGAAAGGUUUGUGCUAAAAAGAAUGGAUGGAAGUUUGAUUUUGGCAUAUGAUUUUGGUCAUAAACAUCAAAUUAAGACCAUAUUUGAAUAAGAUUUAUGCAUAUUGUUUUUAGGGGCUGUUUAUCAAACGCUUACCAAGUCAUAUUACUUUAUCGGAUGAAUAUGGUAAGGACCAAGAAUCUUACACGGUAAGAGUGAGACAAGGACCAAGUGUCUUACCCAGUAAGUGAGGGCGACGACUCUUACCACAGUAAGUGCUUACCAGAUAAAUUGUUGCAUACAAUGUCGUUUUGGUGGAGUAAAAUCUUACCCGUUAAGUAAAUGAUAGUGUUCCAUUUUACCGAUAAACACUUACUGAAUAAGUGUUUGGAAUUUGUUGUUUUUUCCUUUUCUAUUUUGUAAUUAAAUAAAUAGAAUAUUUGUUUCUUGAAAUUUAAGUUUAGCUAAAUAGCCAUGAAUUUUGUGUUAAAAUAUCAUCUAGUUGUUCGAACUCUGUAAAAAUGUUCUGUUUAUGUUAGUAGGGAACACAAACUUGUGCAAUC